AACUCCAAGAGUUGCCUCCCAUAGAGAGGUAUAUUCCCACGUGAUAUACUGGUUAAACAUUUGAGUGACAGCAAGAAAGAUGAGAUCUGAAAGAUGGGGAUAAAAAAUAUCAAUAAGUUUGGAAUUACGUGAAAUUAUGAGGUGACAGUGACCCAAAGAAGAAAUUAAGUGUAUAUAUUAGCUGUUUGUGAAGUUUGGAGAAUUUAUUUAGCCUGUUUCAUUCAAAAUGUCGUGGAAAUUAACAAACGUAUAUUCUGUGAUAGUGGUAACUGGAAUAUUUCUUAUGUUUCAAAAGGUGCACUCGAAUCAAAGAGUUAUUUAUUUAUACUGGAACCAAACAAACUCUCUAUUUUCUACAACGUCAGACAAUAAAAUUACAGUGAAUUUAUUUGACAGCAUAGAUGUAUAUUGUCCAUACUACCCACCUACGUCAGAUAAUUCUACAUGGGAAUAUUAUGUGAUAUAUUUAGUCAGUAAAGCUGAGUAUGAGCAGUGUACUGUGUUUGACCCAUCUAAAUCAUUAAUGAUUAUAAACUGUAGUAAUCCUACCAAAAGUGAUGUUUUCUUUACAAUUUGGAUAGAUUCUUUUCAAGGAUUUCCAAAUACACCAGAUUUUUCUAGUGGAAAUACAUAUUAUAUGAUAAGCUCAUCAACGGGAAAGCUUGGAGGAUUAUCUAACCAGUAUCAGGACAUUGGCGCCUGUCAUACGAAAAACAUGAAACUAAAAAUAGAUAUAUGUUGUUCAUCAACUAAUAAUAAUACACAAGGCAAAAUAUGUUCAUGCUAUUCAUCUUCAACAAGUACAACAACUCCUGGAGGACAACAAACACAGCCUCCUGCUACACCCAAUCCACCAACACAACAAACAACAACAACAAAGAAGCCAAUAACGGCGGCACCAACUCCUGCGCCAACAACUACAACACAAAAACCUUCCUCAACUACAAAGUUUCCAGGAGGGAAGCCAAGUGAUCCUAGCCAACAAAUAGUAAUAGAUGCCACAGGCAAUAAAAAUAGUGGACUUAUAAACAAUGCAAGGACAUUGCGGCCUUCUUUGACUUUAAUAGUUUUAAUGACAUUGACAUAUUUAAUACGACCACAACGGUAGCAGUAGUUUCCUAGUUGAAGUAUGCAUUUGGAUCUGUGUGUGAGUGAACAGUGACAUCAAUUAUGCAAAACUGUCAACAUUCAUAUCAGCCAAUCAUAUUCUUAGCUGCUGUGAUGACCCAAAAAGUUACCCAAUCAUAUGCUUUGUUGCAAUGGUGGAAGAAGGAUAUUGGCCAAUAGAUAAACAUCUUUCUUGUAGUGGCAGGAAGAAAGCAAUCAGUGAUGAAAAUUUAGUUAGCCAAUCAUGUUCUUUAUUUGGAUGAUGGGAUGGAAGCAAUACUUGUUAACUUGUUGUGUUAUAGAUGAAGCAAGUUUGAAAACUUUUUCUGUGUGACUUUCAUUGUUAAGAUUUUAUUUGUUUUGAAAUGAAAUGGCAGUUUGAUUUUGUCAAUAGUUACAUCAAUUAUGCUAAAAUGAUGUUGAUUUAGUUGCCUCAGAAACUAUAUAAGAAAUUUCCUUCUAGUUCUCAAGCUUAUACCUUGGCUGAAAAAUUUAAAAAAAAUCUUAAUAUUUUCAUUACUAGCUAGUAUGAAAGCUUUCAUGCAUGAUUGAAACUUGAGAAAAUGUGAAUACUCAAUUUUUACAAUAUAAUUUUAAGUUUUCUUGAACCACUACAGCUCAAAGCUGUUAGUUUUAUAUUUAAUGAAUGAGGGUUUUUUUUGAAGCAAGAGGUAGUCCCAAAUAGAUUUCUCAUGUCUCAUAAUUCAUAAAUUUCAUUCACCUUUUUUUUCUAUGCACAAGCUGAUAAAUUGUGCUGCAUUUUCCAAAGCAUUGUAUUAAGGAUCAGAAAAUAAAAGAACAGCAAAGAUUGAUAGAAAGAGAAUGAGGUCAAAAUGUCAAACCGUCUUUCAUCAUGCUCAUAGUCUUCAUUUUCAUUACUUAUAUUCAGUGUAUCCAUAAAAUCCUGAUUUAGUACCAUGCUUUUACCAAAUAUUUCAUAACCGCUAAGUACCUUAGUUAAAAAGAAAUCUUUGAAUGUAAAAAUAAAAAACAAAGAAAUGUUACAGAAUUAAAUAUGGUACACGAAAACAUCAUUUACAAAACAUUCCAUUUUUGAAACCAGAACUUAAGGUAUCCAGACCAGAAUUAAUCACAUGAUGAAUUUAAAAGACCAGGAUGUUCAAUCCAGAACAAAGGUCAUGACUUUGACACACUGCAGAAUACUUUCAAAAAUUCUAUGCACCAAUAUUGAGUUUGUUGUCAAUUGAAAAAAAAAGCUUCCCAAGAAAUUUUUAUCACCUCGAUAAAUUUAUUUGACAUUUUUAAAAUUCAGUUUAUGAAUCGGAAAACAUCCUUGAACCAAUCAGCAAAAAUUGCAGAAUUUAAAAAUAGUGUAUAAUAUAAGUUUUUUUUUAAUAUUCUGGAUAAAAAAAAUUGGUUUUCACUUUUUCCACAUUACAAUCGUCCUGAGUUGAUAAUUUGACAAGUCUAAGUUUUCCCAGUAUGUUUUACCACCAUUAUGAUUAACCUUAAGUUGCCUUAAAAUGCAAAAAAAAUACAUCUUCACAAUGUUUUCUUUAUUAUGUUGAACCAAAAGAUUUUAGCAUCACAAAAGUGUACAAUAAGUGCAUUACCUAUCGAUGAAUGCAACUUACAUUAAGUGCUAUUAUUUAUAUUAUUGUACAUUACUGCCUCAUAAUGGAUACUAGUUUUCAUUGGCUUAAAUCAUGAUCUGAUUUGCAUAUAUACAAGAUGUAGAUAUAUUCAGUUUGUAAAUAUUGUGCGUUAUUUUGGAGUUAAAUUUCCAAAGUGAAAACAAGUCUUUCACUCUAAAAUCAAUUAUUUAUCUUAAUUUUGUAUAUAAAUGAGUGCGUUGGAAAUAAAAUGAAUGGAUGUGUUGAGUGUAAUAUAGAUCAAGUGAAAUUGUAAUUACAAGUAAAAAACAUAUUUUCAUCUUUGCUAUCUUAGUACCCAAACAACAUGCUGUUUCAAAAGUUUCUAGUUCAGGAACUUUAUAACAAGCAACCAUUUUAACUUUCUAGAGUUAUUCCUCUUAGAUACCUUCAAAUUUUUAUCAAUUUUAUACAAACAAAACCUGUUGAUCAUGCAAGUACUAUUUAAAAAAAAUCAGAUUUGUGUAUAUAUGAAUUUUUCCCCUUAAAUCUUGUUUUAUCAAAAUUUCUAAAUGAAAUUAUAUUAUAUUUUUGUACAUAAAACUUUCUCAUAUCUUAAUGAUUCUUUUGAUGCUAUUUUAACAGAGUUAUUUAAAUGCUAAUUUUGGUCAUUUCAAUUUUCAAAUGAUGUUUUAAAUCAAAUUUUUAAUAAACUCUUAUUUUU